CGAGUGCGGACGUGUUUUCAGCGCUCUGUGUUUAGUUUAAUUAUAAAAUCUAAAAAAAAACCAACGAUCAUGUCUGAAGUGUGUCAAAAGUGUACAUUUAAUAUUACGUCCACUCAGCAAAAAAUUAAAUGUGUAAGGUGUUCGAAGAGAUAUCAUAUCAAUUGCAUGAACCCAACAAUCGGGGAAUUGCAAUAUUUGAAAGAUAACAAAGAGAAAUGGCAAUGUCUUACAUGCAUCGAAUCUAAUACGAAAUUACGAAACACUGGCAGCUCAUCAUAUUAUGUUCCAGAUGAGAUCCCAGCAUCUGUGGAUGUGGAUCCUAAUGACGGUCAACUAAAUACGUCAACUGCACUUGCACACAUCAUAGGUCAACUGAAAACUGUUUUAGAAGUACAAUCAGAAACAACUACGUCGAUCAAUUUAUGUCACGAAAAAAUUGAUGAGUUGAACAACAACUUCAAAAAACUAAGCGAUGCGGUGACAGCCUGUGAAAAAAAUAUUGAAGCUUUAGAAACUAAGAACGUAAUUCUUCAAAGGGAAAACAGUGAGAUUAAAGAAAAAUUAAAUGAGUUGGAACAGUACACCCGGAAAAAUAUCUUUGAAGUAUAUGGCGUGCCGGAAUCCCCAGGAGAAAAUAUUGCCGUUGUUGUCCAAGCAGUGGCCAAUUCGAUAGGGUUUAAAUUGGAAAGAUGGAUGAUCGAUACUACUCAUCGGUUGCGAAAAAACGCAAAUCGUCCGGAUCAAGCCAGGGGAAUCAUUAUUAAGUUCGUACGCAGAUUAGAUAAAGAAGAGUUCAUGAGGUUAAAGCGAGUUAAACGUGAACUUAAAGUAAGUGAUUUAGGUUCCGAUUUUCGUAAUUUAAUAAAGCAAGACAAUUACAUCUAUGUGAACGAUUCGCUCACGGUUACCAACAAGAUAUUGUUAAAUAAGGCGCGUGAGUUUAAAAAACAAAACAACGUAAAAUAUUUGUGGAUACGGAAUGGCAAAAUAUUUAUGCGUGUCAAUGAGCAGAGCCGCGUUUAUGAAAUAAAAUCAAGUAAUGAUCUUCGGGAUGUCCACUGAUCGAGUUUCGGUGAUGGUUUAUCACACUAUAGUGUUUUUUUUGUUGUUUUUCAAAACAUUACGGAGAAAAUGCUCUUAUUUUAUUGUCUUUAAAUUUUUGUUUGACUUUUAUACAUCACAAAGCCAAUAGUAGUUUAGUUACGUGCGUUCGUUGGAAAUUUGUGAAUUUAUCUGCAGCUGCUUUCUUCAAAGUUAUCGCCGAACAUUCCUACAUAAACAAUAGCCCCGCUGUUAGUUUUAGCAUGAUGUGUUUAUCAAUAAGGUUUGCUUCUUUAAACCAAAAAUGACUGCUUUUCUGGGAAAUAACUUGUGUUACAUAUUUUUCUGUGUCUUGAAAAUUAAUUUUACUUGUAAUUAUGCUUUACAAAAUUCGGUUUGGAUAUUACCAAAAUUUAAAAAAAAAACUGUAUUUUUAUAUGGUCAUUUAUUAAUUCCUUUUUUGUUUACAGAUGUUAGAUGAGUAGGAAUAUUUUAGGAAUUGCACACUUAAAUGCCCAAUCUCUUCGUAAUAAUUUUUCAGAAUUCAAGGAUCUCGCAUUUGAGUGCAACUUUGACAUAAUAGGAAUAACAGAAACGUGGUUAUCGCCCGAAGUACCUAGUGAUGCAGUUCACAUAAAUGGGUAUAAGUUUAUUCGAAAGGAUCGCGUAGCGAGAGAGCAAUCCGAAUCGCACUCAGCCAGUGAACAGUUAUGGAUCUUAUUAAAAAUAAAUAGAAUCCAAUUAGCUCUUGGAAUUCUAUAUAGGCGACAGGAAUUUGGAUGUGAUGUGUUUCUCAGUGAAUUGGAAAAUUCGGUUGUAUCUGUAUUACCUAUUACUGAUGAAAUAGUGUGCUUGGGUGAUUUUAAUAUAAAUAUGCUCAAUUUAAAUAAUCGUGAUACAUUAAAGUAUACAACUAUGAUAGA